AUGAUAGGCUACUUUGCGCAGCACCAGGCAGCAGCAGAAGCAUCGGACGAGGGCUACUACGGCUUCAUCAUGACGCUGGACGUGUACGGCCUGGCUCUGAGCCCUGAGCAGUACAGCUUGGCCUCGGUCUGGCUCAUCCACGACGGCGACGGCGCGGCGGCCAACUACAACGCCAUCCAGAUCGGCUGGGAGGCUGCGCCGUCCGUCUACGGCGAUUCCCGCACUCGCCUGGCCGCUACUUGGACGAGUGAUGGAUUUCAGAGAGCUUUCUGCCGCAACGCGGACUGCGCCGUCGGCUUCCAGCCUGAAGAGGGCGCGCCCAUGGCUCUGGGCGACGUGAUUCAGGCCGUCUCCCAGCCCGGAGGACCCAAGCAAACCAUCACGAUCAAAGUCAUCAAGGACGGUGAGCUGGGAGAUUGGCUGGCGUACUGCGGGCUCAACGCGGACGGCCUGGCGCUGAUCGGCCGUUUCCCAAGGUCACUCUUCGCCGGAGGGAUGGCGGACCGGGCGUCGCGCAUCCAGUUCGGCGGCUUCGUGCAGACCCGCGCCACGGACCUGGCUCCCAUGGGCAGCGGCUACCUCCCCACCAACGUGGCCGCCGCGUCCAUCAGUGACGUGCAGUUCAUCGACCGGAGCGGCAACGCUUCGCCGGUGACGGGACAACUGCCGACGUACAUGACUGAUCCGAAUAUCUACGUGGCUACUGACAUGGCCGAUGGCCAGUUCUUCUACGGGGGGCCCUUGGAGUCUACAGAUUGA